AUGACGAGCGCAAUAGCUUCCACGUCUUCAGGCUCGCAGCCAAAUACAUCGCUCUAUGUCCGGAAUUUGAAUACAAAGACAAAGAAGCCAGAGCUCCGUCGGCAACUCUACUCCCUCUUCUCAACCUAUGGCAAAGUCAUUGAUAUUGUUGCCACGCGCACAGACGGGAUGAGGGGGCGGGCUUUCGUUGUAUUCCGGGAUCUCAGCAGCGCGACGGCAGCUCGGAGAGCGUUGGAUGGGUUCGAAUUCUACGAUAGGAGUAUUGCAAUCGACUACGCUCACUCUCAGAGCAAAGCUACCAUCAUCCUAGAGAAAGGUCCCGAGGCUCUCUUCGACCCCUCCCUCUUCGCCUCUGGCUCCAGCUCUACCGGUCCUUCCGCCUCUAGCAAGAACAAGGUCACCGUCUCCUCCGCUCAGGCCGACCAACGCGGUAGAGAGAAGAAGCGCGCGAGGGAAGAGGCGAGACAGAGGGGUGAGAUUGUGGAGGGAGAGGAGGAAGAGGAGGAGGAGAGUGAUGAUGAGGAGGAGGAGGAGGAUGUGGGGGAGCCGAAGAGUAAGGCGAGGAAGAUUGAGGGGGCUGAUGGGGGGCAGAAGCAAGAAGUGGAAGAGGAGGAAGAAGAGGAGGAAGAGGAGACUGCGAUGGACAUGGCCGACUCGGAUUCGGAUGACGAUGAUGCACCAGGUCCAGCGCCUCCUCCGUGAGGCAAGUGACUCUGCCGCUUUCCCUCUGCUGCUCGUCCGCCCAGCAUGCCCUUGACGCCUUUACUCGCCCAAUAC